AGCUGCUCGGUUGCAGACGUCUCGCACAGCUGGCAAUAAAUCGAGUGGUCAGGUCGGGAAAAGGACAGCCACAGCCUGCGGGAACCUGUGUUUUCACCUGUGAAAAUUAAUCACACUCCCAAUUAGCAAUCACCCGGAACCCACUGACUGGUGGACCAGGAGCUACAAUGCUGGCCACGAAGCUCAGGGGUCAACGGAGACGAUGACAUGUGGGCUUUUCACACUCCGAAUCGCGAAAAUAUAUGCUCAAGCCACAAGUAUACAUACAGACGGAGCGAAGGCAAAUCUGCUUUUAGGUCACACAAAAGGCUCUCGCAGCAGCAGGACCAGCACUAACAUCAACAGGAGCAGCCAAGGAAUUCCAAGAACGAACCAACAAAAUCCACUUUAAUGAGAACCGCUUGGGGACAAAGGAACUGAGGAGCUGCCGCAAUGCCAUCCCGUCGUUCCGGUGGCGGUGGCACCACCAAGAGGAAGCACUCGCUGGGGAACCUGCGACGGGCUCAUCCUGCAUCCGGGGCCACGUGGAACGUGCAGGUGGUGCGGGGCAAGAUGUCCUCGAAGUGCCUGUGGCACGCCUGCCGAGCGCUGAUCCUGGGCCUCACCUUGAUGCUCCUUGGUGCCGGAAUGGCCACCUUGGGCUACUACGCGGAUCACCUCUCGAUGGGAUCGGAGCUGCGGGGGAAUGUCACGGUGCGGGUGAAGAACGACCUGAAGGGCUUCCAUCUGAACAACUUCGCCUACGUGGGCCCCAUUGUCAUGGGAUUCGGUGGGUUCAUAGUGGUGGCCUCCUGCGUGAUGACCUUCGAGGCCCGCGACUCCGCCGCCAAGGUGGUUCCAGCCCGUUUGAGAGCUGGAGGAGGGGGCAGCAGCAAGAAUCCCUCGCGGAGCAAUCAGGGGAGCUCUGCCUCCCAACGACGAGGGAUGGGUGCCCAGUACCAGUCGAGCCGCUGGGACCAGCACUUCGGGGUGUUCCGCUCCUCGCCAGGCGAUCCUCACCAGCAGCCGCAGACCGCCUGCAUCUCGGCCACACAUCCGCAUCCGCACUCACAUCCGCAGCAGCCCUUCGAUCGCGAGGCACUCACCGCCGAACUGGUCAAGUUCUCCAGGUCACUCAGCAGUGUGCGGCGGGUGCGUCAGGUGCGACAGGGGCCGGGCUCGAAUCCCGGGGGAGGGGGUGGAGGAGCUGGCUCCUCCUCGUCGGCCCGCAUCAUCAGCAACUCCUCCAGCCUGAUCCAGCGGGCCACUAGGGAGUGCUCCCUGCUCCAGCCGCCGGCUGCGAGUCGGGUCUACUGGCAGGCCUCCUCCUUCGACAGUGGCAGCAAUCCCCCGCCCGGUCUGGGCCUCACUUCCAGUGCCGAGAAGCGCAGCGAGCGGAACAAGCGCUCCGACACUGCCAAGAGGCACGUCCUCGCCCGACAGAGACCCAUCGAGCAGGAGGAGGCACGCGAUCACAGCCGCAGCCCACUGGGACACAGGCGAAACUCCACAAUGUCGGACUCCUCGUAUAGCGGCCGCUGGACGGCUCGCUGUGCAUCCAUCGCCAGUCGAACCUCAAGUAUUGAAUCUCGGCGUGUUCAGGUGGAUCUCCAUAGUCCCGAGGUGAUGCCCAAGUCGAUUCUGAGAUCGCCGAAGCGCUACAGCUCCGGACCAUCAGCCACGCCCUCCGUGGAGAAAGAAUUUCGAAGCCAGUUAUCCGUUUGCUCGGAACCACCGCCGCCGGUGCGUCAGCUGUCGGGACAGUCUAGCAUGGAGCCGGCGGUGCCCGAGGAGAGCCUGGACCAGUCGGAGGAGCAGGAGGCCAACUCGCAGCCCAAGACGUCCUACGAGGAGAUCACCGAGCUGCAGCACCACACGAGCAGCUUGCCGCCGAAGAAGGCGCGUCCUGGGUUCCUGCCCCUCGCCCGCAGCGAACAGGAGGAGGACCCGAGGCCAGUGGUGGUGGCCAAUCCGCUCUACAGGAGCAACAGUUCCCGCCAGUUCUACAGACCCAAGAAGGGGGUGCCGAACGAGCGGGAUGAUUCGGUGUUCUACAUACGAUCCAUGGAGCGGGGCUUGGCUGGGAACGGGGGAAGUGGCAGUGCGGAUGAGCAGAUGUACGACUCCUUGAGGGUCAUCAACGAGAGGAGGACCACCUUGCUGAAGGCCGACUCCCAGAGCUCGCUGGGAUCGGCGGAGCGGAAGCUGAGCAGCUUCUCCCUCAAAAUGCCGGAGAUUACGGAGCGCGAGAACUCCAUCGAGAUCGAAAUGGAUGCGGAUGAGACGCAUCCCAGUCCCCCGCCUGCUCCUCCACCGCCCCCUCCUCCUCCCCCUCCUCCUCUGGUUAACCCACCUUCAGCCGAUACUAUCCAGGUUCAAGAUCCCUAGGAUCGAAUGGAAAAACCCACUUCAUAGCGUUUAACCAGCAGCCAUCGACAAUUACUUUAGCAACUCGAUUGAUGUUUGUAUAUGUAUUUUUGUGCGUGUGCGUGUCGUUUAUUUUUAUAACCCCUAGAUCGUACCUAGAUAAGUGUUAUAUAUAUAUGUAUAAUACCAGCAAUUAUCUCUGUGUUGCCUCGGGCAUAAGCAAUCAACUAACGAAUCUUCAACGAUGUCUAUUAACUGGAUUAACUGAUGUUAUUAACAAAAACCUGCAGUUGCGAUCGGAACAAUAAGGGGCUUAUUUAGGUGUCAAAGGCAUGCAACAAAAAUUAUAAAAGCGUACCUUUGGAAAUACCUAUAAAUCGUUAAAAAUCCAUUUUGCAGUCUAUAAUUCCCAACUGGUUUUAGUUUGCUAAAACGUUUCUUUUUUAAACCGUUAUUAUUGCUUUAAUUUCUAAUUUCUUCAAUCCUUCUUUUUUAUUAAACUAAAUUGACUACUUACUUUACUGAUUACUUUAAAACCAAUAAGAUUAUUUCGAUCGCAGCUGUCGGCACUAGUCUUCCUAUUGUUAGAAUACGAGAUAUAUCACGUUAUUACUGGGCCUAUACCUAAGGUCGAAAGGUUCUUAUGGACGUACCGUUGUUAUCAAUACUAUUUAUCGGUUACUGUGUUAAUGCCAAUCUCUACUAGGAUGUGUAGUCACAACGAUCUAAUACGAGGGCGAGGCCAACACCCUGUAAAAAGUACAAUCAGCUUAUAGUAAAGACUGAUUAGGCAAAUUGUUUUACGAAAUUGGUCAACAGCGAAUGGAAAACAUGUCAAUGAAAAGCAAUCGGAACACGGAUUAUGUUCGAUACACAUAAUUAGUUUUACGCUCUCAGUGUUAACCCCACAUUACAAGUACCUAUACGAUUAUAUAUCUGAGUGUUUAUUUGUAAGCCAAGCAAUUACAACGUUUCUCGUUCCAUAAGUGUUGAUAAUCCCUCAGAAAGCCCGAAAAUUCAAAAUGAUGGAGUUAGUUAUAAUGGCAGGCCGAAAGGGAAGCCCUGUUGAGGAGCAGCGAAUUUUGGAAAAUUGUUCAUUGCAUGAUUAAUAUUGCAUAAAUAAAACCAAACAAUGUGUGU